UAAAUACUCCGCCGAGCUGCUUGCCAUCCUGUGAACUGUGUGCAGCUUUCGGUUGCUAAGGAAACCCUGAAUGCAGGCAAUGGGAAAAUGACGGUGGCAUAGUGCAAGAGUUGGUCAGUCUGGCCGGUUGAGGUGCAGAGGGGACGCCACAAACCACGCCAGAAUUCUGACAUACAAAACUCCUACUACCCUUAGUUCCUCUUCCCCUUAUCUUCAUGUCUAUCCUUGGGUCAUAGCUACAACCAUGGUGACUCUUAUCACAGAGCAGCUCCGUAAGCAGAGUUUGGAGGAACCUUAUCACAAGGCUUUCUCAUUCAAUGUGAAUGUGUCAUUGCCUGCUGUUGGUUCCAGUCCCACAGUCUCAUGGAGUGCGUAUGGAUCAACACCAGACAGAAGUUUGGCUACAUACCCAUCAUCCAAGGCCCACCCUUUGGAUGCUUCCCCUGGCCUGGACCCCCUAUGGCCUCCUGCCCCAGCAGUAGAACCCCUCCAUAGGCCUGAAGUUCCCAGCGCAUCUGUCAUCGAUGUGGCCCUCCAGAGCUCCCCUCCGCCACCACCUCCUCCAAAACGCCACUGCCGCUCCCUUUCUGUUCCAGAGGACCUGUCUCGUUGUCGCUCCACCUGGCGUCCCAGCGCCUCCAAGGUUUGGACUCCUGUCAAACGCGGCUGCCAAAGUGGUGGAGCAGCAGGGUCUGGAGCCAGUUCUCUGCCACUUUGUGGCCCUAGUUCCUCUCUCACUUCCUCUUCACUGCACUCCUCUUCCAGCCCUACUUUUUUUAGCUUGGCACUGUCCUCUGACUCCCCGCUACCAUGGAGCUUCCCAUGGGACCCCUGUGAUACACUGAGGGGAGCAUGUUCUACCUUCUUUCCCGCCCCCUCUUCCUGCUCCUCUUCCCCAGCCCCGCUGGCCUCUCACUCACUGCUGCAGCGCCGCUUCUCCCUCUCCCCUGUGCAUAUUCAAGAGGCCUCUGUACUGCUCCUACCUCCCCAGCCUUCUCCUUCGUUUGCUUUGAGCCAUGGCUGUUCUGCCAUGGAGCCCCCUGCCCCUUCCCCAUCUCCCACCUCGGCCUGCAGCACACCAUCCUCCUCCAGGCGCGUCCUGCGCCCAGUCCUGCCUCGAUGCCACUCUCAGCCCUGUGACUUGCGCAAGCCUCGUUUAAAGAGACGCCAUGACCCAGACAUUCUGCCUUGCCCCAGGCCAGUCCUAGACUUCAGCAAGAUGACUCAGAUUGGUAACGGCGAGUCCUUGGGCUGUGGUGCAGGUGGUGGCUGCAUAGUUCUGGAGCCCUCCCAGGGAGACCGGCGCUCUGCCUUCUCCCCUGCCGAGUUCCUGGGACGGACCAGCAUCGGGCCACUAAGUGAAAGUGAGGAGGAGGAAGAGGAUGAUAAAAGAAAAGGGACUCUAAUGGAUGGAGGACAAAAGAUUGUUUUUGAGAGAGACUGCACAGAACUUGAUUUGAACCUCAUAGAGGAGAACUGACCUCUCCUUGGUGCUCCCUGUGUGAUCGACUGCAUUCAUCACCAUGUUAACCACACAUGUAGGCUAUGUGCACUCUUCUGGCAGAGCCCUUGGGAACCUGCUGCCCUCCUAAGGCACACGUUGGGACUCUUCAUAAUCAAAGAACCAAGAAAUAAAAUGCUGAUAUUAAACGACAGUAUUAACAUGAUUGUAACACUUGAGCAAGCUCAUUUCUUCAACAUUUCACAAGAAUGUCAUGGUGCCUGCCCGUUCAGUACUCCAUAGAAAAAUGUGCACACCAGUAAAUGAGUUUACAUGCACACAGUAUUCUGGCUAAUGGUUCAUAUACUUACCUAAGUCUUAAUCAGCAUAAGCAGUUUGUGUCUUGAUAUCAUAAUUGCAAAUUACACAGUGUAAUGGAAUAAGAAUAUUCUGAAUAUUAUGGAAAUUAUUUGCACACACAGCAAAGGCCAGCAGUGGGAUGAGACAAACAUGCCUCAAUUUCCCAUCUAAUUUUGGUGUACCCUUGCAUAUAUAUUUGGAUUUUGCAACCUUUAUUUGACCUUAUGUGAGGUGUUUAAGAUGGAUCUCGUGUUCACAUCUGUAAUUCAAAAUAGGAAUUUGAGUAUCCUAAACAAUAUGAACACCACAUUCCUUGUUUUUUUUUUUGUUUUUUUUUUAUGCAUUCUCAAAUGGCAUGGCUGUUCCUGAAAACUCCCUCCAUGUUACAGACACUGUAGACACACUUAUACUUUUAUGGCUGUCCUCCCAUGAAUUUCGACCUGAUGGGG